UUUUGGUUGUCUCUCUUUAUUAAAGAAAGUAGGUAGGUUCCUCUCUUCACUCUUUUUUGAAUUCAAAAAUCCUACUUCCUUGAAACCCAUUAUACUCAACCUCUUCCUCUCACAGGCAAUCAACCUACCAGCUUGCUUCAUGAGUUAAACCCAAACCUUCCUUUCUCUGCACUCACAGAACAAAGAGUUUCAGAGCCAAACAAAGCCCUCAAAUCCAACAUCUCUGCUGUAUUCCAACCUUUUACCAGGAUGUCUUUUCAAGUUCAACCUCAGCAACCUGUUCAAAUUUACCCGUAUACUGCUGUUUCAAGCCCUCCUCCUUAUCAUUCAAAUGGGUCUUUUGGUACAGUUUUUAUAGUUCUGGCUGUGAUAGUUGUCGUUUCUGCUAUAGCUUGCUUUCUGGGGCGACUCUGCAGCCGCCGCAGCAGUCACAAACACAUCCACAACCAGAAACCUCCUAAGAACCAAAAGCAAAACCACCACAACUUCCGGCCAAAAGAAGGAGAUCUUGAAAUUGGGUUUGACAAGAGAAUCGCCAGUUCCAAGCCCAUUGAGCUUGGGCAUGGACAUGGGUAUAAUAUGCAUGGGCAUGGAAGAGGAAGAGGAAGAGGAGGAGGAGGAGGAGGAGGCAGAGGAGGGUCCAAACCACACUUUAAUGGUGACAUGAAGGGUUUUGAUCUGAAGAUUGGUCAUGAUGGGGAGCUCAAGGCCGGCGUAUGAUGGUAUCGAAAGGGGGAAAUAUAUAUACACUUAGUGCCAAAUUAUGGCGUUGUUAUAUUGUAUUGUGUUACUGUUUUUAUCUUCUCUACUCUUUUAGUCUGUUAGAUUUGCAGCUGCCAGUUGAAAUGUAUAACCAUACAUGGUUUUGUAACGUGCUGUACUGUCUCAGUACAUUGGAGCUACUUCUGAAACAUUCUAAUACCAGAACUAGUCUUUAAAAAGGCAGGACCUUCUACUUCCGAACA